AUGGGGAGAGGAAAUUUUCAAAGACGUAAGGGGAAGAGCCACAAGAAAAUCAUGCCAGGAGCUUCUUUGAAAGGCCAUUUAAUGGCGAAAGGUUUCAACGCUGCAGCAGCGAAACAAACCUUGAAAGUGCAAAAGAAACACUGCAGACUCGUGAAUGAGCGUACCGAUGUGAAAUCUCAAAAUUGGGCGAAUUCUAUUCGUCCUCAGAAAGAAGCGUGUUUACUCCUCGAUCUCCAGCCAGAAGUGCGUUUAAUCAUCUGGGAAUUUUGUAUUCUCAAUCUUCCUGGCGGCCGCGAACCUAUCACAGUAGCGAUUUCGCAACCGCAAUUUAAUCGAGACCGGCAUGUGUUUGAGGGCCGAAUCCCUCCACGUGGUAGCAAGAAAUUCUACGCACAAAAACGAGCCUGCUCUCGCCAAAAGUUCGUCGAUCAAGCACACCCUAGCUUUCGAGCCCAAAUUUUCAAUCUCUUUAUGAUUUGUCGACAGGCAUAUCUUGAAAUUGAGGGCAGCUCCCUUUUAUACAAGACGAAGACUUUUAGAUUCCUUGAACAGAUGGUCCUGUUCAGAUUUUGUUUUAAAAUCCAACGCCACUUUUUCCUCAUACAGAGUAUGGCUAUCGAAUAUGACAUCUCUUCCAGCCAGGCCUUCUUUUUUGUUAUGUCUACAUUUUCGAUGAUUUUCCAUAGUCCCAACCUCAGAAAAUUCAGAAUGAAGUUAAGGAUUCUAACUCGCGAGAUUGUCAGGACGGCAGCGCCUCUCUAUAAAAUCAAUGGCACCCUUUUUCCAAGUUAUCACGCACAAGCGGUACUUCAUAGGCUCUGCAACGGCCCGCAUCUAUGGAAGUGGAAUCUAAAACCAGAAAAAGUUGAUAAAAUCAAGGACUUCGACAUUGAUGUCAGCGGCGAUGAUGCCUGGCCUAGCUACUUUAGAUUUGGCGGAGACAAAAAGGGUUGGCACCUUGUCAGGAAUCUACAUGCUAUGCAAACUAUCGACGUGAGAGAACUUGUGCAGCGUCUCACGGAAAGGUAUCCGUACUACAAAAAACGUGGGGUUAAAGAGCAAACCUCGAACCGCAUAGAGGACAUAUGGGUUGAUGUCUGCGAACCUAUCCUUGUCCCAGAAACUGCACUGAAACUGUUACAAAAGAAGAAGGAGAAAGCGGAGAGGGAGAGGUUGGAAAGGGAAAAGUUGGAGAUGGAGAGGUUGGAGGAGAUACCGGAAGAGCAAAGUUAA